AUGUACAAGCUAGUCAGACACACGAUUAAGCUACCGGUAGCGUUAAACCGUGCUAGUGUUCACAGAGACCCAUCUACUGAUAUCAAACCGGUCGGUCCGAAAGUAGAUCUUGAUCCGGAUAUUGAAAAACGCAUUGAGGAUGAUAAACGGCGUCUCCAGUGGCGUACACCGUACUCGGAGCGUUCGGAUAGCUUCUACAGUGUGUUCAAGCUGUUUGCCUCAGAGAAUCGUAAUUCCGAGCUGGUGGAAAAGAUGCAGCAACCUAUCAAUCUUUCGCCGAGUUCUAUUCUAGAAUGGUGGCAAAAGAGGCGCAUAACCGUUGAAGCACAGAUGCAAAAGUUCCUUCCCGAACGGCAUGCCACACUGGGAGAUGAUAUAGCGACCGCUCAUUUCAUCGUACAUCGGGGUGGAUCCGUCAGGUUUCGUGGAAGCACCAAAUGGAUUCAACAAGACGAAGAUGACGAGUACGAUCUUCCCCGGCAUCAUGUGCCCGGUAUGGUGUUGGAGGAGGUACGCUGCGAUGGAAUGACCUUAUUUUACGAAGGCAUGGAAAACAUUCAGAAGCUGCUGCGCUUGAAGCACCUCUCGUUUGAGAAUGUAGCACUCUUUAACGAUUGGUAUCUUGAUCGGAUCUCUGGGAAUACGCUGCCUUCGCUGGAGAAGCUCAAUUUACGCGGAACAGCCAUCACUCAUCGUGGGCUCAAUUGCUUGUAUCGUUUGCCCAGCUUGAAGGUGCUACUCAUUGAUGAUCCUGAAAAGGACAUUUUAUGGAAGCUAACGGUAGCUAUGCUUGAGGAAUGGAAUCCAAACUUGCGAAUUGUCUCGAGUGAAUGA